GCGCUCUGAGGCGCCGCGGAGUGGACCCUGCGGGCGGGGAGCAUGAAGAGCUGGUGCUUGUGUCAGAUCUGCACCUGCGGGCGACAUCAUUGUCCACAUGGGACCACGAGGAUUUAUGAAAAUUCUGGCGUGUACUGCCCAACCACUGAGUACUUGGAAAAAUAUCCUACAUAUGGCCAUGUUCUUCCAGCUCAGAGUCUCAAACCCAAGCAAGAACUUCGAGCAUACCGUGGUAAAAUGGAAGGAAUAACAACAUUUAAAUCAGACUAUCGUCCUUAUGAAACGGUCCAACAGCCUCGCCACGUACCAGAAGAAUAUAAACCAAAACAGGGGGAGAUUGAUCUGGACACCACCUACAAGCGGGAUUUUAAUUCUUAUAAAGUGCAGCCUGUGGCAAUAGUGCGGCCUUUGGAGAGACCACAAGUUAAGAAAGGGAAGUUGGACACUGUCCCAACCUAUAAAGACGAUUACAGACCUUGGGACAUUCAGAGAAGUGAACUUAGUAAACCAGAACAAACUUACUAUCCCCCAACUGUGAAAUUUGGAAAUUCCACUACAUUUCAGGAUGACUACGUUCCCCAGGACGUGCAGCCAAGGCAAAAUUUUAAACCCGUCUCUGUGGUCCAAGUGCCCACGGCCCCUUUUCAUGGUGACACGAGCCAUCGCCUCGAUUAUGUGCCUUAUCAGCUCGAAGCCAAGUCUGCUCGGCCCAAAGAAGCUUACAGGCCACCCAACCAACCCUUUGAGGGCCUCACAACUCACCGAUGUGCCUUCCAGGGGCUUGUUGGUGAAAGUGCAAAAAUCUGCAGGCCUGCCCACGCCGGAGUGACCCGAAAUGCCCCGUUUGAGGGAAGCACUGAAUUCCGGGAAAGUUUCCAGCCUUGGGAGAUCCCACCCCCCGGAGUCAAGAAAGUACCCGAGUACGUCCCCCCUACAGGGGCCAUGCAGUUGCAGAGCACCAGCCAGCUCGACUACGUCCCCUACCAGGCGGCGCGUGUUGUCCCCAUCAGGCCCGCAUCCCACAGGAGGAGUAACAAGUGUCCUUUCCAAGGAAGAAGCACCACGAAGGACGAUUUCCCCGCGUGGGAAAGUUGUCGCCGAGGGCUCAUUAAAAAGCAGCAGCAGAUUCCCCACCCGUCUGGAAAAUUCGACGGUUUAAGCACUUUCAGAUCUCACUACGUGCCGCACGAGCUCGUUCCGACAGAGAGCUGUAAGCCCGUAAACACGUCCUUUCGGAGUUCCGGUCCAUUCGAUGACGUGACCAUGUACUCCACUGAGUAUGCCCCGAAGAAACCGGAGGUCUGCCCUGCCAGCUUCCCGUCUCCCCCGGGCUACGUCUACGAAAACACAAAUUCCCGAGGCCACAAAUUCUUCCGCAGGAUGGUGCCCGCGGCGGGGGCCUGCUAGCCGGCGAGUCCCGUGUACAAGGAGGCUCGCUCAGUGAUGUUGGCUUUCCGAGGGCAAAACCGAUUGUUUACAGCAGAAAAAAAAUUAGGAGAGCGCCAACACAAAUCAUCUUUAAAUUUUUAAUCAAGAAA